AACUUUUGUUGCUAAAUCAGUAGAACUGAUCAGUUAAAACAGCUACACAACUGUAUUGCUUCUCUAGAUUUAGAGGCUUCUCCAACAAAUUUAGUGACGAGUUAAGCAAAGAUGAUGAUGAUCAGAGUUCGUAGCAGAGAUGGCUUAGAGCGAGUGACAGUUGAUAGUCCUCACAUCACUGUCUCGGAGCUUAAAGCCCUAAUUGAGAACCAGUUGAGAGUCCCUGUAUCUAAUCAAACCCUUUCGAUAAACCAAAACUUGCUCCUUGCCAAAACCCUAGAUGAAAUGCUUCGUUUUACAGAUAUGUCGAAUCCUCAGACCCUUGUUUCUUCACUGGGAAUUUCCCAUGGUUCGAUGAUUUAUUUGGCUUAUGAGGGGGAAAGAACGGUUGCUGGACCAGCCGUCAAGCCUUCUGGAUCGUUUGGGAGGAAGAUGACCAUGGACGAUCUCAUUGCCAAGCAGAUGAGGGUUGGCCGCCAGGAGAAUCCGCACUGUGAAUCUGUGUCAUUCGAUCGAGAUACAGCCAAUGCGUUCCAGCAUUACGUGAAUGAGUCGCUAGCCUUCGCUGUUAAGCGCGGCGGAUUCAUGUAUGGAACGGUGUCGUCGGACGGAAAGGUUGAGGUGGAUUUCAUAUAUGAGCCUCCACAGCAGGGAACGGAAGAGAAUUUGAUCCUGUUGAGGGACCCUGAUGAGGAAAACCUAGUGGAGGCAAUUGCAUUGGGGUUGGGGAUGAGGAAGGUUGGUUUUAUAUUCACGCAGACGGUCGGGCAGAAUAAGAAAGACUAUACGUUGUCGAAUUCUGAAAUUCUCCAGGCCGCUGAGCUUCACGGGCAGAAUGAUCUCAAGGAGUGGGUCACGGCGGUGGUUAAACUGGAAGUCAACGAGGAUGGUGGUGCAGAUGUUCACUUUGAAGCUUUUCAGAUGAGUGAUAUGUGUGUGAGAUUGUUUAAGGAAGGUUGGUUCGAGACGGAUAUCGCAGCAGAUGCAGACCCAAAGCUAUCUCGAAUGAAGAAUGAUGUGGUUGUGGGUGUGAAGGAUACCAAGGAAGUUGACAAUGAUUUCUUCUUGGUGGUGGUUAAGAUAAUGGAUCACCAGGGGCCGCUUUCAUCAACCUUCCCAAUUGAGAACAGGAAUAUCCCAGUAACAAUGAGGGCCCUGAAGAAUCAUCUGGAUCGGGCCAAGAGCCUCCCAUUUGUGAAGCGAAUUUCUGAUUUUCACUUGCUGCUUUUACUGGCCAGGUAUUUAGACAUCAAUUCCGAUGUUCCUGCAUUGGCUGAAUGUGUACUGGCACAGACAUCAGUUCCAGAAGGCUACCAGCUCCUAAUUGAGUCCAUGGCUGGUGCUUCUUGAUGGUGAUUACAAGUCUUCUUGGAGAAUAUAUGUAUGUUGGCCCUAUGAAACAACCUCUAUUAGCUUCUGACAACACGCGUGCCAUUGAAAUGGCAGUCUGCCUCCUACAUACAUUUCCUUAUGAUAGUCAAGCCAAAGGGUUCUAUUGCAUAAGUUUGUCAAGAUAUUUAUGUUUAUAAAAAUAUUUGUGUUAAUUGUCGUUAAAGCAUUCAAUAUUGGCUUUUUUGGUUACUCAAUCAUAAGAUGCACCAUACACAAAGGCAUUGAGGAGCUAUGAUUACUUGAAUUAAAAAGCUAUGAUUGGUUCAUACACGAAAUGAAAUUAUUUCUUU